AUGUUUAUGGCUUGUGUUCCAGCUGUUAUUUCUACAAUUUCUACAUUUGUCGAAGUUGGAGGAUCAGCGUCCAGCAGUACAUCGUUAAGUGGUAAUAAUAGAGACUCAACGCUGUAUGGAUACCACAUUUACUUGGCCUUUAAUAACAAUGGAAGUGUUGAUUAUAACGCUACUUGUUUUUAUUAUCAACGUAUUGGACUAUUCCUAAUCAUGGAUUUAAAAUGUAAUAUCGAAACAACAGAUCUUUAUCUCUUAUAA